GUAGUUUUUUGUCAACUUGCCGCUAAUUGAUUAUUGGUUCGUUCAUUAGUUGAAGAUUAUGUUGGUAAAAUCUUCUCCUAGUAUAAUUAUUGGGUGACAAAAGUCUUAUGGUAGAACUGUUUAUGAUUACUGUUUAUGUUUAUGAUAUAAAUGCAUAUGCCCAAGAUGUUUCGUUUUUAUUAAUUGAUUCAGCGAAAAUUAAAAAUUUAUCAAGAUAAGAUUUGUAUAAAAUGCCACAUCUAUUAUAUUACUAAGAUUUAUCAAAUGAAAUAGUCAAAGUUUGAUUGUUUGUAAAUUGCAUUUUUGAUAAUUUUAUCGUUGAAAAAAAAAAAUUCCUAAUUCAGUUGGUCGUUAAUUUAUUUUGUAAAUAAAAAUAAUAAUGAAUAAUAAAUUAACGAAAGAUUUAAACGCAACACUUGAGGAAGAUAUUUAUGUGCCUGAAGAUUUUCAGUGGAAUGAAACAUCUUGGAUUGAUGACUCGAUAAUUUCUGAAUCAAAAAUCAUUGAUUCUAAUGCACUGAACAGUAGUAUAGAAAGUUUUGAACAUCUAGCAAACAAAAUUAAUAGCAAUGAUAAUGAAAUGCUAGACAUUCACAGUAAUGAGAUAAAUAAAGUAGAAAUAAUCGAAAAUGAUGAAUUAUUGACUCAAGAUUUUAAAUCUACGAUGUCUACUGAUUUAAAUCAAUAUUCUGCUGAAACGGAAAAAAAUACAAAUGAUUUGAAUCAACAAAAUUUUUAUGGGCUUCCAAUACAAGUUGAAUCUUUAAUUAAAAAAACUAAAAAUAUAACUCAAUUGUAUGAUUGGCAAGAUGAAUGCUUGAAAGCUGUUAAUAAUCGUGAAAAUUUAAUUUAUGCGCUUCCAACAAGUGGAGGGAAAACUUUAGUUGCUGAAAUACUUAUGUUGAAAGAAAUUUUGUGUCAUAAAAAAAAUGUUAUAUUUGUGCUACCUUAUAUUGCCAUUGUACAGGAAAAAAUUCAAUCAAUGGCACCGUUCGCUAUAGAAUUAGGAUUUUUAUUAGAAGAAUAUGCGGGUGGUAAAGGUCAAUAUCCGCCAAUUAAAAGACGGCGGAAAAAUACAAUUUAUAUCUGUACGAUUGAAAAAGCGUCUGGGUUAUUGAACAGUUUAAUAGAAACGAAUAGAUUAAAAGAAAUUGGACUUGUUGUCGUUGAUGAAUUGCAUUCUCUGGGUGAAAACAGUGGCAGAGGUGCAACUUUAGAAGGAUUCCUAACUAAACUCAUUUUUAUAAAUGAAAAUAUUCAAAUUGUCGGAAUGAGUGCAACUAUUGGAAAUCUUAAUGAAAUAGCAGAAUUUUUAAAAGCAAAUCUUUAUACAAAAAAUUUUCGGCCUGUGCAACUUAGAGAAUACGUUAUGUGCAAUGACCAUUUAUGUCAAAUUGAUUUGAAUCACGAGAACAUAAUUACACAUGGAAAGAAAAUUAAUUAUUCCUAUCCAGCAGCUGCAUCUAAAUUAGAUCCUGACAAAAUAGGUUGUUUAGUUAUGGAUGUCAUUCCCGAACACAAUUGUUUGAUAUUUUGCUCAAGUCGAAAAAACUGUGAAAAUGUUUCACUAUUAUUAACGCAAGUCCUUCACAGGUAUGAAUGUUUUCUUAUAACUAUUAAAACCUAUUGCAAUAAUUAUUUUAACUGUAUUAGAUCUUUAAUAGAAUAUAAAAAGAAUGACAAGAAGAAACUUUUAGAAAAUUUGAAAGAUGACAGUAGAAGUCUUUGCCCAAUUUUGUUGCAAACUGUUAAAUAUGGAGUAGCUUACCAUCAUUCUGGGUUAACUAACGAUGAGAGAAGAUUAUUAGAAGAAGCAUUUAAGGAUAAUAUUAUUUCCGUAAUAUGUUGCACAUCAACACUGGCUGCAGGAGUAAAUUUACCAGCAAGAAGGGUGAUUCUGCGAAGUCCAUACAUAGGAAACGAGUUCAUAAAUCUGAGUAAAUAUAAACAAAUGAUUGGUCGUGCUGGACGAACUGGAAUGUCUGAAAUAGGUGAAAGUAUUUUGCUGUGUAAACAAUCGGAAAUUCCGAAGGUCCGAGAACUUUUGAGAUCUAGGAUAGAAGACUGUGUAAGUUCUCUAGGUACCGAAGAAAAUCGUGGAAUAAAUAAUUUAAUUUUAAGUUCUGUUAUGCUUUCAAUCGCAACAACUCGCAACCAAUUACAUAAUCUUGUAUAUUCAUCAUUACUUAAAGUACAAGCUUCUCAACUUAAUGUAGAUAUAAAAAAGUUCACUGAUAAGGCCAUAAAAAACCUCAUUCAAAUUCAAGCCUUACAAGUUGAUAACAAGCUUUGUAUGAAAGCAAAUAUGAACGUUACAAUAAAAUCACAAUCGUCUAAUGAACUGAUGGCUGUAGAAGAAAAUAUUUCAGACGUAAAUAAGUGUCAACGGUCUAUUGUGCUGACAGGAUCAAGCUGUCUGAAAUUAUCUAACAUAGGGAAAGCUGCUAUGAAAGGAUGUAUUGAUUUAAAAACUGCGUAUAUUCUUUAUGAAGAUUUGAAAAUUGCUCAGAAACACUUGAUACUUUGCAAUGAUCUUCAUAUUUUGUACUUAGUCACGCCCUAUCAAUUGGCAGAUCAAUUGACGCCCAUCGGCCUAAUAUACUAUGAGACGAUCAUUAAUUUGCCGCCAUUAUCAAUGAAUAUUGCGAGAUUAUUAGGAAUCAAUGAAAUCGUAAUUAUGAAAUUAAGAGACGGACUAGUACCAAAGAAUGUUCCCGAAAGAGUUAUCCGAAAAUUUUAUUUGUCUCUAAUUUUAAAUGAACUGAGACAGAACCAAUCAUUGUACGUAGUCGCUGAUAAAUAUCAAGUAAAUCGUGGAAAGAUACAAAAUUUAUUGUCCACUACAGCAUCAUUUGCUAACUCAAUUAUUAGAUUUUGUGAGGAACUUCCAGAGUUUUGGGCAUUUACAGAGUUAUUCAAAACAUUCUAUAAAAAACUCAUUUACAAUUGUUCAGUCGAGCUGGAGUCAUUCAUGGAGUUACCUGCAGUGAAAGCGGCUCGAGCGAAACAAAUAUAUAACGCUGGAUACAAAACACUACAAUCUAUUGCGUCAGCCGAUCCAAAAGAAUUUCAAAAAAAUAUAAACCAUUUGUCACGAAAAGACGCUGAACGAAUAACAGUUGCAGCGAAGCUUCUAUUAAUUUCCAAAAUGGAAGACCUAAAAGAAGAAGCCGCCGAAAUUCUAGAUGGUUUGGACACAGAAAUUUUCCUUAAUAAUUAAUUUGUUGAAUUUUUAUGAAUUUUCUAAUUUAUUUAAUACAAAAGUAUUUACUUAAAAUUA